ACGCCGCACCGCCCGGACCACUUAGCGUUGUACACAGGAAGUGAAUUCAAGUCAGCCAGACAAGUGAGGUUGUAAUUCGCUGCUGUACCAAGUGUUUGAUCAGUAAACAGUUUCGUUUCGACCUGUACUAUAUUGUCUAUUCAACAUGCUGAUCAAAGUCAAGACUCUCACUGGAAAAGAAAUAGAGAUCGACAUUGAGCCCACAGACAAGGUGGAGCGAAUUAAAGAGAGGGUGGAAGAGAAGGAAGGGAUCCCCCCGCAGCAACAAAGACUUAUCUACAGUGGAAAACAGAUGAACGAUGAGAAGACAGCUGCAGACUACAAGAUCCAGGGAGGCUCCGUGCUCCAUCUUGUGUUGGCGCUAAGAGGCGGUUCGACGGUCUACAGGCCCUGCAUACACCUCUCCUCCUCGUCAUGAGUCGCUGUUGUGAUGGGGCCAGUCGAGUGCCAACGCUUUAGGUGUCUGUCACAGUCCAACCAUGUUACAGCACAGAGAUCUGAAAUCCCACACUCCCGGGCCGACGCAAACAAAAAAAAUGAAUCAACCAACAACAGCAAUGAAAAGAAAAGAAAAAGGACGUUCUAAUUCCUUUAUAGGUGUUUUUUUGUAAACCCACAUUGGCUUUCUGAGUUUGACCAGUUGAUGCAGGCACCCAUGCAGUACAGAAGACAGUUUGAGAACACUGUGGUCUUUUUGCUUGUGAAUAAAUGCUGAAGUUGA